GGAGAUGUCCAGUUUUCAAGACUUCCUGGACGAGUCGGAGAGCGACGAUGACGCCCACCGGGCCUUUUUGGGAUGGACAUGUUCUCCUUUUUGUUCUCCUUGCUUGUUCGAGUCGAGUGAGAAAGAAAGGUGGGAAGGAGACCAAAAAUGAAGGAGACAUUUGUUGACAUGUAAAGAGACAUGGACCUGUUGGCACAUGUCGGCACAAAGUAAUUAUCUCCGUACGGAUCAGAUGAUUUUGGAUGUUCAAGACUCUUGUGGGCAGGUUUGUAUAGGUCUUAGCGCCAGUGCGUUUGACGUACAUUUUUGAGACUCAUGGGUUUUUAAAUGCAGACUUGAGCCGAGACAUCAAGCCAACAAGCUGGAUGAACAUCUCAUUGUCCAAUGGUUUUCGAUGCUCUUGCAUCGCAGGGCGCCAAAAAGGGCAAAAGGCAGGACCGGGAGAACUGGGGCUUAGUGGGCUUAGCAGCCAGAAAGACGUUUGGAUAUGACCUUCUGCAAGAUGGGUGCAACUUGACAUAUAGAGUAUGUUUAUUGUAACUAUUAAUUUUAUAAUGAAUUAUAUUAAUGUGUUCGGGGGUUUGAUGCAUGCAGCCGAUUUUCAAGGUGACUUGAUCAAAAGGGUUCUGGGUUCAUCCUUUCACAAGGCAUGUUGAGCCCGAACGGAAAGAGCGUGGUCGUACUGGCAGCUGACUGAUGCUGACUGCAAGGCUCAAGUCAAGAGAAACACUAAGGACCAAUCAAGGAAGUCGUUGUACUGCGACUGUAGACUCUAAGCUCAUCUAGGCUCGUCGCGAUGUUUCGGUUUGCUUGGGCGUUUUGGGUGCAGCUGCAUUGCCACAGCUUCCUGCUGAGGAUGCCACCGUUCAGCAUAAACGUGUCGCUUCAAGCAGAGGGCUUUCUGCUUUCUGCAUGAUUGGUUUAGUGGAGCAACCUCGAAAGAGCCGUUUUCCUGCUUGCUACCUCGAAGGAGGUGCCAGAUUGGCAUUCGGGAAGAAGCAAUGUCAUCGUGCGACCAGAUCUGAAGAGUUGCGCUGUGGCGGUGUCCGAAGAAUGGGUGAUCUCAGGCGUCUUGGAAUGGCGUCCAGCUGGCACCUCGAGAGAACAAGCCUUCGGGCCUUCUUGAAGUUGAUCUGUGGAACGGUGCUUGAUGUGAACCAGAUUGGUGUGCAGAAUUCUGAGGGGCACUGGGAGACACCACCGAACACGGAGAGAAGCUUGCAGUUGGACCAUCGCUUAUCGCUUGAAGUCGAUCCAAGCGCGAUCCCAAGCAGCUGUUUUUGCGCUCAUGGUGGUUCCUGUGGAGCUUUUCGACGUUGCCAAUCACGGCGAUGGAUGCGGCUCCCACCAGUACCAUCAGCGAACCCUUCUCGGAACACUCAGUAAGGUUUCGGUUCGGUUGGAAUCGGUUUGAAUGUUUAAUUGAAACUUCGAAUCGGUUCAGUUUGGUUUGGUCGUAAGAGUAUUUUUUCAUGGACUUUCGGUUCGGUUCACAGUUCGUUUCGGUUCUGUGAGGUAUAAGUUUCGGAGUGGGGUAAAGAAAAGAAAGGCAAUGAUAAAGAGACAAGACAGGACUAGUCUAUAGACUAUAGACAAGACAGGACAGGACAGAACAGGA